UCGCGGGGCGGCGGCGCGGGGGCUGGGGCGCGUCGGGAGCCGCGGGGCUGCGGGUUCGAGGCCCGGCCGAGAUUCCGAGCUGGGCACCCACCGGCCGGCGCCCGGAGCACGCGGGCUGGCUCCCGUCGGGGUCCCGGGGACGCGAGGCCCCAUGUGCCGCCUGCUGCGGAGCCGGGGCGACCCGCCUGCGCCCGCGCUGCCCGGAGGGGGACCCGAAGCCCCGCGGCCGCGCCGCCGCGAAGCGCCCAAGUGAAGCCGGGGAGUGAAGGCGGCAGGGAAGAGCAGGGGGCAGGUGUCGCCCCUGCCUCUGCUCCCCUCCCCGCCAGCCCCUGGGAGCUGAGCCCUGCAGAAGGGGGAGUGGGGGGCCGGACACCGGGGGCGCACAUGGCCAGGCGCCUGCAGCGGGUGCCGAGUUUGCUCGGGCUCCUGCUCACCAUGGCGGAGACGGUGUCCGCGGCCAGCGGUCCGCCUCCGGGGACCCCGCAGUUCCUGCCCACCAGGGAGAGCCGGAUCCCUAUGGGAGAUUGCCGGCUGGUGUGUGACCUGAACGUGUCGGCCCGCUGCCUAUUCGUGCGCACCAACCCUGACUGCCACAGCCCUGGCGGCCACCUGGACUACCUGGCCGGCAUCUUCUGCCACUUCCCCGCACACCUGCUGCCUCUGGCCGUCCUCCUCUACGCCCUCUGGCUGCUCUACCUGUUCCUGAUCCUCGGGGUCACCGCAGCUAAGUUUUUCUGCCCGAACUUGUCAGCCAUCUGCACCAGCCUCAAGCUGUCCCACAACGUGGCAGGCGUCACCUUCCUGGCCUUCGGCAACGGAGCCCCCGAUAUCUUCAGUGCGCUGGUGGCCUUCUCGGACCCACGCACGGCCGGCCUGGCUGUGGGGGCGCUGUUCGGCGCCGGCGUGCUGGUCACCACGGUGGUGGCCGGGGGCAUUGCCAUCCUGCGCCCCUUCACGGCCGCCUCCAGGCCCUUCCUCAGGGACGUCUCUUUCUACAUGGCGGCCACCUUCCUGACCUUCACCGCGUGCUACUUGGGCCGGGUCACGCUGGCCUGGGCCCUGGGCUGCCUGGGCCUCUACGCCUUCUACGUGCUCACCGUGGUGCUCUGCACCUGGGCCUACCGCUGGCAGCGCAGGCGAGCCCUGGCCUAUUCCGCGCCCGGGACCCCAGAGCUGCCGUCGGACUCCGAGGAGGACCCAGUGUCUUCCAGCACCUACAGCUCCGACUACUGUGGGGAAGAGUUCCGGCCGCUGCUGUUCUACCAGGAGCCCACGGCCCGCAUCCUGGCGCGGGGCCUCAGCCCCCUGGACGUCAGGACGUGGAGGGCCAAGUCCACCGCCUGGCGGGUCCUCAAGGUGCUCAAGCUGCCCGUGGAGUUCCUGCUGCUCCUCACUGUCCCCGUGGUGGACCCCGACAAGGAUGACCGGAACUGGAAGCGGCCCCUCAACUGCCUGCACCUGCUCCUCAGCCCCCUGGUCGUGGUCCUCACCCUGCACUCGGGGACCUAUGGCGUCUACGAGAUCGGGGGCCUCCUGCCCGUCUGGGCCGUGGUGGUGGUGGCAGGCACGGGCGUGGCUGCAGUGACCUUCUUCGUCACGUCCAACAGGGUGCCCCCGCGGUUCCACUGGCUCUGGGCCUUCCUCGGCUUCCUGACCAGCGCGCUGUGGAUCAACACGGCCGCCACCGAGGUGGUGAACAUCUUGCGGUCCCUGGGCGUGGUCUUCCGCUUGAGCAACACUGUCCUGGGGCUCACCCUGCUGGCCUGGGGCAACAGCAUCGGAGACGUCUUCUCGGACUUCACGCUGGCGCGCCAGGGCUACCCGCGCAUGGCCUUCUCCGCCUGCUUCGGGGGCAUCAUCUUCAACAUGCUGGUGGGCGUGGGCCUGGGCUGUCUGCUGCAGCUGUCCAGUGGCCUCCCGGAGGUGAAGCUGGAGCCCGAGGGCCUGCUGGUGUGGGUGCUGGCGGGCGCCCUGGAGCUCAGCCUCGUCUGCUCCCUGGUGGCCGUGCCCCUGCGCCACUUCCAGCUGGGCCGCGCCCACGGCGGCUGCAUGCUGCUCUUCUACUUGGGCUUCCUGCUGGUCGCGCUGCUCACCGAGUUCGGGGUGAUUCACCCGAGGAGCGUGUGAGCGCCGCCCUGCUGGCCAGGAGGUGUCGCUGCGGGCGGCGAAGGCCGGGUCCUUCCUGGGAUGGACAGGACCCCCCACCACCACCACCACCACUGCCUGGGGUGCGGGGCUGGCCCCCUGGUGCUUCCGAGGCCGGCUGCAUCUUUACCUCGGGCCCUGAGUGACCGCCAGCCCCAGGACGUGGGCCAGAUGUCUGGAGUCUCGGCCGCCCCGGGAGACAGCAGGACUGCCGCUCCGUGGACGCGUGGCGGGAACGUUCCCUGUGGAGCCUUGGACUAAUGUGACGGAGUCACGCACGUGUGCCACCAUGUGGCAUGCUGGCCCGUGGCACUGCCGUGGCUGCGCCCAGCUGCCGGCAGGAGUCUGUCUCUGUGCCUACCUCAGGGGAGCCCGGGCUGGGGGUCCCGGCCCUGCCCGCCAGCACCACCCCCUCCCGGGCAGGACCUGCCUCUUCUCCAGUGACGAGUGAUUAAAUGCUGCAAGCA